AUGGCUUUGGGAGACAACACACAACGAAGUUACUCUAUCAUCCCAUGUUUCAUCUUCGUUGAGCUUGUUAUUAUGGCUGGGACGGUCUUGCUCGCCUACUACUUCGAGUGCACGGACACUUUCCAGGUGCAUAUUCAAGGCUUCUUCUGCCAAGACAGCAAUUUGAUGAAACCAUAUCCAGGAACAGAGGAUGAAAGCUUCAUUUCCCCUCUUAUCCUCUACUGUGUACUGGCUGCAACCCCAACAGCAAUUAUUUUUAUUGGAGAGAUAUCUAUGUAUUUCAUCAAGUCCACCAGAGAAAGCUUAAUUAUCCAAGAGAAAACCAUUUUGACAGGGGAAUGCUGUUACCUGAAUCCACUGCUUCGGCGAAUCAUCCGAUUUAUAGGAGUAUUUGCAUUUGGUCUUUUUGCUACCAACAUAUUUGUAAAUGCUGGCCAGGUAGUGACGGGCAACUUGGCACCCUAUUUCUUGACUGUGUGUAAACCCAACUACACUGGGAGUGACUGCCGAGCUCAUCACCAGUUUGUUAACAAAGGGAAUAUCUGCACUGGCGACCAAGAUGUGAUUGAGAAGGCGAGGAGAUCUUUUCCAUCCAAACAUGCUGCUUUAAGCAUAUAUUCAGCCUUAUAUGCCACAAUGUACAUCACUAGCACAAUCAAGACAAAGAGCAGUCGGCUUGCCAAGCCAGUGUUGUGUCUGGGGACACUUUGUGCUGCCUUCCUUACAGGGCUCAACCGAGUUUCUGAGUAUCGAAACCACUGUUCAGAUGUCAUUGCAGGCUUCAUCUUGGGAAGCACAGUAGCACUCUUCCUGGGCAUCUGUGUAGUUCAUAAUUUCAAGGGAGCACAUGGGACAACCUCAAAAUCAAAAUUGGAUGAACAACGAGGCGUGCCCUUGAUGGCAUUUCCACGAGUGGAAAGUCCUUUGGAAACAUUGAGUGCCCAGAAUCAUUCUGCCUCUAUGACUGAAGUAACCUGA